ACAAAACGCAUUUUAAAUCCAGAAGCAUAAAAAAGUGUAGUGCACAACAAAAACACUUAAAGAAGAAAAAUAAAAAGUGCAUGAUGUCAGUUAUGGUCUUUGGAUUCUGUCGGUGAUGACAUUUUGAUACACGAGUCAGAAGUCCAUUCCAAGUCUUGCAAGUGCAUGGACAGUUGAAAUAGAUGCAUGGAUAGGAAUGGUGACGUCCAUAAUGUCUGUGUUCAAGCUUAUACUGUUUGAGAAGCUCAGAUCUUCGCAAAACUGAGGGACCACAGUCUUUGCAUUUCCACAUUCAUAGGAAGACUAGGAAAGAAAGAAAAAAAACCUGCUUUACCAAUUAGCACUCAGAACAAAUCACAAAAGGCACCACUGUAAACUGCAUCGAUUAUAUUUGUUUCAGUCCUCAAUAAAAUUAGAAUUUGCUGAAAAAAAUAAUCUAAGGACGGGCAUUGUAGAAAGGACAAGUAUAUAUUUAAUUUUAGUAUUUAACUCUUGUCAAAAGCUACUAAACAGGAAAAAGCCCAUGGCUGUCUCAUUUUAUUGGCUAGUUAACGAAAUGAAAUUCAAUCUGCAACCAUUUUGAUAAUCAAUUGUAUCAGUCAGAUAAACUGUAAAACAAAUGUAAAUGUAAAUUUGCUAAUGUUUCAUUUUUUAAGGUGUUUGAAGCUUUUGUUGUUACAUUAAUGUUUGACCAGCAGUUGAAAAACACAGACUUGGCAGAUUAAAAUCACAGAGUCUGAGAAACACGAAUUUCUCAAACCUCCCCCGGUAAAAAUAGUCCUGUCCGAAUGGUGCUAUAGCAACAUUAACAUUAUACAUUUUGUGCAAAUGAACCGGAUGCCAUGUCUGUGUGGGUUGCACACGUUAGCAACUCCAGCUGGCCUUAAGCAUGCAGUUCCACUGCAAAUAGCAUGCACUCCUAUAAAAUUCGCAUGUUUUGUAGUUAGAUAAGAUUAACAUUAAUUAUUACAUCAUUAACCAACCGUUGAUGAUUCAACCAUUGGCAUUUAAAUUUAAUUAAUAUAAGCAGGGAACUUGGCAUAAUAGUCUUAGUGACUUAGAAAGUCAGCCGUUUUUGAAAAUAGUUUUGAGCUAGCUAGCUAACGUUAGCAAACACACCUGCCAAAUACAUUCUACAAAGUAGUUGUUCGUAACCCACAGCAUACAUGCAUGACUUGUGUUAGCAUACAAAAGACACAUUUACUUCAACAGUGAUAUACAUUUGUCUUCUUACCUUGUGUAAAUGACCUUUCUUUUGCUUUACACAAAGUUCCCUUUCCAAGCGAGAGAAAACUGUAAUGGUGGCCAGCGGAUUCUGGUUCAGACCAAUCUGGUGCGACGUCAUGAGGUCACGUGACAAGGCGACCCUUUAGUUUGAAGUAGAAAUGGGCAUUGAGGAAACGGAUUACACGUAAUUGUAACCAAGGGAGGCGGCGUUUGCUUUUAAGCAAAGUAAAAAUAACAGUUUCAGAUAAGAAAUCAAAAUUUUCUAUCAGACUAAUGAAGAAACAUACUUUAGAUGAAUGAAACAGACGUUUUACUUUUUUCAGUGUGUGUGUGUGUGUGUGUGUAUGCCAUAACUGCACAUUAGUGAAAACUGCUGAGUGUUUGUUCUGAUUCAGUACACAGUGGUUGUGUCACAGUUCAAAACUGAUUUUCAUCAGAAAAAUUAAAAAUCUGUCUUUUUAUUUUAUAGUUUUGUUUAUUUAGAUUUUGUUUUCUGUAGUUUUCCUUCCCGUGUCACGGAUGUCCCAGUGAAUGGCUCACAAUCUGACUCUGACAGGGACAGAAAGGGAAUCAACAACCAAUCACUUAAUUGGACUUAAUUAUAAUUGGACAAACUUCUGUCCUAGCUCUGUGUUGUUUUUUGUGUUUGAACUAUAUGUUGUAUGUUUAUGUAGCACCAGGUCCUGGAGAAACGUUGUUUCAUUUCACUAUGUAUUGCGUCAGCUGUAUGUGGUUGAAAUGACAAUAAAGCUUCUUGAAUUUGGAAUCUUGAAUCUUGAAUCAGCAGCAUCUGACGUGAACAUGGAGACAACAGAUAAUGAACCUAAGGAACCAGAUCAUUCCAGUGGUUUAAGGUUCAUUGAUGACAGAGAGAAACAAAUUGACUCUGACAGGGACAGACAGGAACUCGACAGCCAAUCAGCAACAUCUGAUAAUGCAGCAGAUUAUGAAUAUAUGGAACCAGAUCAUUCCAUUGGUUCAAGACAGGAACACAACCAUCAAUCAGCAAGAGAUCUAUCUUGUAUGAAUCUGGAGACAACAGAUAAUGAAUCUAUGGGCCAGCCAGUCGAUUCUAAUGAUGAAGAACCAAGUCAUUCCAGUGGUUCAAGAGAAAAUGGAAGGAUACAAAAAAAAACAAAAAGACAGGAGAAGAAGAACAUGUCCUACAAGUUAAAGGAAAAAACAGAGGAAAACAAAAGACUUGAGGGACAGUUAAAGAAGGUGAAUAUACAGUUGACUGAAAAGGAAGAGGAGAAUAGAAGACUUGAGGGACAGUUAAAGAAGGUGAAAAUACAGUUGACUGAAAAGGAAGAAGAGAACAGCAGACUUGAGAGAUCUUUACAGGAGGCAAAUCAUAACCACAGAAAAUUAAAGAACAACAUUUAUUCUCUCAUUUGGCUGACCUCCAUGCUGGUUCUGGUUCCACUGGGUAUUGGAUUACACUUCGCUUUCAAAGAGCAAGAGGUGACUCAUCCUGAGCUUCGACUGAUGUUAGUGGGGAAAACUGGAGCAGGAAAGAGUGCAUCAGGAAACACCAUCCUGCGUGAAGAGGCCUUCAGAGUCGAGGCGUCUCCUGCGUCUGUGACCGCAAACUGUAAAGUGAAGAACAAAAUCCUGGAUGGAAAAAACAUCACCAUAAUUGACACUCCCGGUGUCAUGGACACGUGGUUAAUAUCAGACCAAAUGGCCUACAAUGCACAUAAUUGUAUCUCCAUGUUUUCUCCCAAACCACAUGUGUUCCUGCUGGUUAUCAGGCUGGGAAGAUUCACGCUGGAAGAAAGCAACGCUGUGAAGUGGAUUCAGGAGAACUUUGGAGAAGAAGCUCUGAAUUUCACCAUGAUCCUCUUCACUGGUGGAGAUCUGCUGGAAGGGAAACCAGUGGAGAAGUUUAUUAGUAAUAGUUAUGAUCUCCAGAAACUUGUAGACACCUGCAAAGGUAGAUAUCAUGUUUUUAACAACUUUGAUCAAAGUAACCACACACAAGUCACAGAGUUGUUGGUAAAGAUCAAUGUAAUGCUACACUUGAACAUGGGUUACUUUUACACACAAGAGCGUAUUGACUAUAAGAGCAAAGAGAUAGAAAUCAGACAGGAAGAGGAAUUUAAGAGGAAAACUAUGGAAGAACUGCAAAUGGAGGAGAGGAGGAAGAUGAAUGAGAUGGCAAUGAAACUGACAGGUGAGCUGCAUGAGAACAAAAAUCUGAAGGCAGAGUUAGAAGAGGCGUAUCAAGAUGUGUCUUUCUGGUUUAGAGUCUCAACUGGCUUCUUCUUUCUAAUACUGAUGAUUGUGUUUUGGGCAAAGAAAUAAACUAGCUAAAGGAUUGGGGGAUUUUCACAACUAAUCAGGCCGUGGCUUAAAAUGACAUUUUUUGUUCUCUUGAAAGCUAUCAGCUUACAAAGCUUACAAAUGAUAAGAAUGAUUUGCAGCAUACAGAAUGUGUGUAGAUGUCUGUGGUGUUAGAGUGUUGUUAGCAUUUGUGGCUAUAAUUAAAAUAUAUGCUUAUAAAUGCACUAUAAAUGAACUAUAAAUCUAACAAUCAGACCUCAUGAACCUGAUGGUGACAAGUCUGAAACUAUUAAUUUGUUAAAAUUUCAGAAGUGUACAGUCAGCUCCAGAUUCAGUGGCACCCAUUAAAAGAAAAGACAAAAAUGUUAAAUGUUAUAAGGCUAAGGUGUUAGAGAAGCCUCUGUACAGAGACCACAAGGCAGACCCAGGGGCUGCUGGAGAUAUUAGAUCUCACAGUUGGACUCUUGAGUAGUACAAGAGAAAACCCUAUCAGGUUAACCCAAUCACAGAUAGAAAGUCUUAAUCCCGACAAUUCCACAGCACAAACAGGACUCUCAGGGAUGCUCUCUCUCCCCUGUCAAUCAUAGAGACAACAGUGAAUCAAGAGCUUGAGUGAGGUCAUGUAUGCAGAAGUGGUUGGAUAGUGCUCAAGAUAUGUUUACAUUUAUUCAUUUAGCAGAUUCUUUUAUUCACAGUGGCUUACACAUGAAGAAAUAAAAGAUAAGCCUUAUAUCAAGCAGACAACAAUACAAAUAGUGUUACCAUACCAGAUUUUUAACUGAGAGCUAAAGGAGAGAGUGCACAGUGUUGAGGUAAGUUCAGGGUUUUUUGUUUGUUUGUAAUUUUGAUUACAAAUUAUGGAAGUUCAUUCCUCAGUCAGAUUGAAGGUUCUGGACAGGGACCUCAGGCCUCACUGAGUAGGUGAUACCAGGCGUCAGGUGUUAACCACUGAUAGCAGGUUACAGGUGGGAACAUCAAUCUCAAGGAGAGUGUUGAGGUGGUGGCUGUUCCAGACAUGCUCUUGUUCAUGUGCAUCAAAGGCCCUGAAUUUGAUGUCAUUCAAAAUAAAAGGCUCCACAACAUCAUUGGUAGAAAGCAGAGAGAGGAGACCCUGAACGAGGACCAUAAAAAAGACAAGAGCAACAUUGUAAAAAGUGAAGGGAAUUUUUUUAGGUAUUUUUAGAUCUUGU